AUGAGCGAAGAUAAGAUUGUGGGCAUCAAGCAUGACCGAGUGACAAAUGUCACUGCUACGGAUUUCCCUGGACAUUACAACGACGUUGAGAAUGCAUGGAGCCUGGACACGUUCAAGAAACAACUGGAUAUUAAGAUUCACUAUCUGACAGAUGAUGUUGGGAACUUUGAUCUUAUUGGAGCUGACUCUUCUAUUGCAAACGCGUUUCGACGGAUCAUGAUGGCUGAAGUCCCCACGGUUGCCUUUGAAGAGGUUGUUUUUACCAAUAACACAGGCAUUAUGCACGACGAAGUGCUUGCCAGUAGAAUCGGACUGGUUCCAUUAAAAAUUGAUCCGGAUAAAGUUGAGUGGUACCCAUUCUAUGAGCCAGCUCCAGUUGUAGAUGGAGAAAAAACAUCACCAGCAAAUGAUAGAAAUACAGUGCCAUUUUCACUCAAGGUGUCAUGUACACAUAAGCCCGGUGCUAGCAAAAAUAAAAAUAACAGCAGCAACAGUAACAGUAACAGCAACAAUAACAAUAACAAUAACAAUAACAGUUUGCAGAAGGCAGAUGAUUUGUAUGAACAUCAUACAGUUUUUGCAAAAGAUUUGGUGUAUGCAGGAUCGGAGGAACAGUUGGAAAAAGUAUUUGGUGGAGUACGACCAGAAGUUUUGUAUCCGGAUAUUGUGUUGACCAAGCUGCGUCCUGGACAGGAGAUUGAUUUGAUGGCCUAUGCUGUUCUUGGAGUUGGUUCAGACCAUGCCAAAUUUUCUCCUGUUGCUACUGCAAGUUACCGGUUGAUGCCUCAUAUUGAGUUAUUAGAACCGAUUGAGGGAGCAGCUGCAGAGAAGUUACAAACAUUGUUUUCCCCUGGAGUUAUUGGGAUUGAAGAUGGCCAAGCAGUGGUUAAGGAUGCAAGAAGAGAUACUGUGUCACGCGAAGUGUUUCGUCAUGAGGAGUUUAAGGAUAAGGUGAGAUUGGGUCGUAAGCGAGACCACUUUAUAUACCACGUGGAGUCGACUGGUGCGAUGCAACCAGAUGAGAUAUUUGUCAAGAGUAUUGAUAUUUUGCGCAACAAGUGUUUAGGACUUUUACAAUAUGAUUUAGCAUAG